AUGGCCCCCCUGCCAACAUACAGCCAGGUUCCGGGACCCCAGGCGAAGGGUUUCAAACUCGGCUUCAUUCAGCGGUUGAAACGCAGCCGCGGCCCCAUACCCGAAGUAUUCAUGGCCAACCACAUUCCACAGACCCAGGAAGCAACGACAAACCCAACCUCGUUUUCCACAGACGUCUCGCACGCGCCACGCCCUUCAUCUCCAUCCUCACGCACCUCGCACCAGACUUUGAGACGCAAGGGGACUUUGCGUCCGGAGCGUCCGGAGACAACCGCUACCCCCGUGUCCAACCACGUUGUCAACAAUGGAAGCUUGUCGCGUCCCCUGUACGCCGCUGACGCGCGGACAAUGCCCACGCAAACAUUUGGGCCAAGGACGCCUACCAGUAUGCGAAGUGUACCCGGAGGACAGCUGGGUCAGUCGAAAAUGACAUCAAUCCCUGCCGCCACCGGCCCUACCUUGGCAGUGAACAAAGGCACCGCCGGCUCAUUUACGCGACCCACGUCGGACGACCGUCGGUCGGCAGGUUUUAUCAUGACGCGGUCUGCAGAGCACGCACAAGUCAUAUCCCAGUCAAACGAGCCCAUAACCCCCACAAAGCGCUCAUCGUCACUCUCCGCCUCGAGUCUAAAGAAGCGCUCAUUAGCUCUCCUCCCCAAGUCGCCCAUCUCCCCCAAGUCACCCAAGUCGCCCAAGUCACCAACGUCCCCGAGCCACAGCUUUCCCACCUUCGGCCUCUCACCUACCUUCCCAAGCUUCACUCUCCCACUCCGGCGGCGCAGUAAGCUCCCGCCUCUCAGCAUAAGCACCAGCGACAUGCUGCACACUGGGCCCUCGGCCUCGCCGCACCUCUCGCCCAUGAUGCCGUGCAACCGGCCUCUCUCCAAAGCUGAGGCGAUCCUCGGUGUCCGCCUUGACUCAUUUUCGCUCGACGGCCGCGUCUCACCCAACUUAUCCGGUGACUCGUCAGACGACGAGGUAGUCUCUUUCACCACUCCCAAGGGAGCCCGGCGCUCCGCCCUCUCCGUGGCGAGCAUGAAUCCCUCUCCCUCCCGCCCGGCCUCCCCAAGCCGAUGGCUCACUUACCAACACAAGGCGCGAACCCCCGACCUCUCGUUCGAGUCACUCUCAGAGCUCUCCGAGGCCGCCACGGCUCACCCCGCAACCCCGCCCCACACCCCCCACCCCGAACUCACCGCGCGCGCGACGCGAGCGGCAGUAAUCGCGGCGGCGGCGGACCCUUUGAAGCCCAGGCGGUUGCUGCACAACCUCACGAGCGGAUUAAACGACGUCAUCACCCGCAACUUCCGGCAAGUGAACACGCUCCCCACUCCUCCGCCGCCACGACGCCGGCCACAGAGCACCCAGAUCGCUGCGCCUGCACCGGUCCCGAUCGCGCCGGAAGCUCGUCUCCCACCUCAUUCGGAAAGGUCGCCCUGGCCUCCAAAGUGGGAAGACGAGUUCAACCCCGAUGCAGAGGUUGCACUGGCACCCCUCAUGCCCUCGAAUGCGAGCGUACACACUUUCGGGACUAGUGCCGCAUCGUACCGCUCCCGAGCGAGUAAUGCGAGCUCGUUCUUCGACUUUAACAGGAUGGACGUGGACGACGAGUAG